AUGAAGUUCACGUUUAUCAUCACCAGUGCCAUUGCGGCUGCCUGUCGCGUUAAUGCGGCUGCUGUCUUUGCCCAUUUCAUGGUGGGAAACACGGCUUCUUACACGGCAGAUACUUGGCGGACAGACAUUCGUCUUGCCAAAGAAGCCCAUAUCGAUGCGUUCGCACUUAAUAUGGCACACGGAGAGUCCAUGAACGAUAAAUCUCUACAGCAAGCCUUCGAGGCUGCCAAGUCUGAGAACUUCAAGUUGAUGUUCUCCUUCGACUACGCUGGUCGAGGCCCCUGGCCUAAAGAAACCGUCAUCAGUUUGCUCAAGAAGUAUGCCUCGCAAGCUGAGUACUUCAAGCACAGCGAUGGGAAGCCACUUGUCUCAACGUUCGAGGGUCCUGGUAACGCAGGCGAUUGGAAGGAUAUCAAGAAGCAAGUCGGCUGCUUUUUUAUCCCUGACUGGUCUUCUAAAGGAGCCAGGCCUGCUCUUGAGCUGGCAGAUGGGGUGGCAGAUGGGCUUUUCAAUUGGGCCGCUUGGCCGUGGGGUGCUAACGACAUGGACACCUACGUCGACGCAUCCUACUUCCAGUACCUCAAGCCCGACGGAAGCGGCGGAAAGCCUUACAUGAUGCUAGUCUCUCCUUGGUUCUACACUAAUAUGCCUGGGUUCAAGAAGAACUGGCUUUGGAGAGGCGAUGACUUGUGGUAUGACAGAUGGAUACAAGUGGUGUAUAACCAGCCUGAAUAUGUUCAGAUUAUCUCUUGGAAUGACUAUGGCGAGUCUCACCAUAUCGGCCCUAUGUACAGCCAUGCUAUGGAUGCAUUCAAAAUUGACUACUAUAAGAACGGGAAGGGAACAGUCAACAAAGAGGCUCUCGUCGGCUGGUAUAGAACUAGCCAAGCUACAGCCUGCCCAGACGGCAAUACGACAGGUAACACUGCUAGUCAGCUCCAGAAGGAAUUUUCCCCUGCCUCUGUCAUGCAAGACAAGAUCUUCUUCUCCGCUGUACUUGGAUCAGCCGCCGAAGUCUCUGUCAUGGUGGGAAGCAAAGCCCAGGAAGGCAAGUGGACAUCGGUUCCGGACGGUGGAAUUGGUGUUUAUCACGGCAGUGUCCCCUUCACCGGCACUGGCGCUGUUUCAAUUAGGAUCCAGAGGGGUGGACAGACCUUGGCACAGAUCGACGGUGCUUCUAUCAACAACAACUGCCAGGAUGACCUUACAAACUGGAAUCCCUGGGUCGGUAGUGCAUCCUUGAGCUCUUCGGUCUCCGCCACUCCAGCUCUAGCUCGGAAAGAUCAGAAGUGCAUCAAAGGAACCGGCGCUAAGGGGUUCGCGGAGCUUUGCGAGUUCAAUUGCAAAUACGGUUACUGCCCGGUGUCAUCCUGCUUAUGCCAGGCACUUGGCAAGCCGAUUCCUGAGCCCAAGGCUUUGGAGGUGGACGAAUUUCCUGCCAAGGGAAAGAGCGAAAACUAUUCUGGCUUAUGCUCAUGGGCCUGUAACCACGGCUACUGCCCAUCGAAGUACUGCUCCCCAACCAAGCAACCGACGAUUGUACCAACUGUCUCCGAGUUUCUUCCCCCAGCUUGCACCGCUGGAACAGGAACAGGAGCGUUUGGGGGUCUAUGUUCGUACGCCUGCAACUUCGGCUUCUGCCCUCGACUUGUCUGCACGUGUACUGGUGAGGGCGGGCUGCACCAGCCGCCUGCAGCAGGGAUUGCUUCUGGCUCUCCGCUUCGCACCGACACAGAUCACGGCCUGUGUGAUUUUGCAUGCUCUCGAGGUUACUGCCCAGACACAAUUUGCACGCGUGGAUACACGAUUGAUCCAGAUGACAAAUGUCAAGAAACCAAUGCUACAUUUUCCCGCGAGGAGAUGAGAGCAGGGAGCCAUUACGACGUUCCCAUGCUCGAUCCUACCACGCCCAGCGCCUCUAACAAUCAAUGCAUCACCAUUGUCAACAUGACGCCUUAUCGCUUCAAGUAUCUUAAGGAUCAGUCCAAUUUCUAUCAGAUGCGUGGCGACUUUGGCGAUAUCCCUCCCGGACAUUCUCGCCAAUGUGUUAUGGAAUAUGCUGUUAGCGGCACAAGCAGAGUCGACGAUAAAGGCGAGGCAUAUUAUGAAGUGGUGGGCACGAGUCAUCGUUUCAACAUCAAAGCCAGAACUCAAUUCCCUGACAAGUACAACCUCCGCACUGUCGUGGACUUGAGCGGCUGGGGGCUCGGCAUGAGAGAGUACGAAGAUCCGGACACGGAGGUUUCUCUCUCAUUUGUCAUCACCGGGAGUGAAACGUACGGCUACCAUCAUUCUUUGAGCUUUGAGAACACGCAAGACGCUUGGAUGAGGUCUAUCUACGACAGCAUUAGAAACAGACGUGUGAAGGAUGUUGUCAUGCCUGGUACCCACGAUUCUGGGAUGAGCAAGAUUGGAAAAUUCAAAUGGCAAGGCACGAAACAUACCACGCAGACCCAGGCCUUUGGGCUGUGCACACAGCUGCGCACUGGUGCACGUUACUUUGACCUUCGUCCUGCUAGAGUUAUAGGACAAGACGAUGACGAAAGCCCUGGCGAAGUCAUAUUCCUGUGGCUGAAAGAUUUGGUUGCAUUCGAACCAUUCGAGAAAGGUGGCGGAGGCAGGCCUCUUGAUCAGAAAGAGACGGAGGAGCUCUUUGCUGUUCUGGGCAAGAUCAAGAACAGAUGCAGUGGUCUCGAAGUCCCAAAAGGCGUUGGCAGACAGUUUCAAGACAGACUUAUGGGCGAGUUCAUGGACAUGAAUGGCGGUUCCGGUUGCGUCUUGGUAAUUCUUGAAGGCGAGGUUGCCGACGGGGUACCAGAUUCCCUGCCUAAGGAAGGCAUCUACCGCGACAAUGUUCACAUGUAUCGCUUCGAUCAUUGGCCAACCGCCACGAUUCCAGAUACCAUCAUCAAGAAGACGGCCGCAGAAUUAGCCGAUCCCGCUCGACACAAAAAGUACGGGACAGAAAAGCAGGAGUUCAUGGUUGCCCAAUGGCAGCUGACACCCGACUUCACCACUAGCAGCAACUUCGGACUGGAGGCGCUCGCCGUCUAUCCUACCAACCCAACGCUUUACUGGGGCGGUGUCCCUGCCAUGAGCCCCGAUACCUAUCCGAAUGUCCUCAUGCAAGAUUACAUUGGGGUUCGCUUGGUUGACGAGCAUGGUUGGGACUCACUUGGCGCAGAGAUAAGAGUUCUAGCUGUUGGGCUAAACUUAUACAUGGCCAGUGAGAAUUGUUGGGUUAGCAAAAGAAAGCAUCCCCUGUGGAAGAAGAAUUCUCGCCGACAACCUUCUCCCUGGAAUGGAAUUAUCUUCGCGAACGGCACGGUCAUGGAUAAAAGGCCGGAGACUUACGGCCCUUACCGUGAACCGGUUCUGAAAGCUGGCACAGUGUUUGGCAACGGGACGGUGCUCACCACAAACAACACAAACCCGUUCCAUUAG